AUGAGCACAUAUCAAAACCCUUUUGCGUCAAGUCAUUCGCUCGACACGAACCCCUUCGACGACCCAGCACCGCCCCAGUCUUCAUCGCAUGCAGCCGAGGCGGCGAGACUCGAGGAGCUACGGCGUCGGGAGCAAGAUCUGGAGAGAAGAGAGCAGGAACUCACUCAGAAAGCCGAGCACAUCAGAAAACAUGGCAGAAAUAACUGGCCACCAUUCUUCCCAUUGAUAUUCCACUCAAUACAGGAUGAAAUCCCCGAAGCCUCGCGUCCACUCGUGACGCGUUUGUACCAACUCUGGCUGGUUCUGGCCCUAACUUUGAUUUUGAACAUGGUUGCCUGUAUCUUCGUUCUGUUGGCUGGCUCCUCGGACGGAGGGAAAGAUCUCGGCGCAAGCAUUGGCUAUCUUGUAUUCAUUUCCGCCGCUUCCUUUCUGUUGUGGUAUCGUCCAAUUUAUAACGGUUACAUGAAAGAGCAAUCCCUGUAUUACUACUUCUAUUUCUUCUUUGGCGGCUUCCAUUUGUUGUUCAGCAUAUAUAUGAUAAUCGGCAUACCAAGCACUGGCUCUGCCGGCUUGAUACAGACCAUUCAGAUGUACGCUAGGCAUGCGUGGGUGGCCGCCGUCCUCGGAACAGUGACAACAGUCGGAUGGACAAUUCAAGGAUUAGGGAAUGCAUUCUACUAUAGACAGAUAUAUGCGCACCAUACAGCCGCCGGUCACAGCAUGGAAAAGGCAAAGGCAGAGCUUGCCACGCACGGCGCGAAGGCUUACUUCACGAGGGGAUGA